AGUAUUGUGUCAAUGUCAAAAAGAUUUUAACUGUCAAUCACACCUGUUUCAUGUCAAAUUAAGUACAUAAUAAAAAACAAAAGUUGUUACAGCUUGGAGUGGAACAUGUUUUUGUGAUUAUUAAUUAGUGCGAUUAGUGCAUUUCAUUAACAAAAAAAUGGACGGAGGUUAUGACGAGAUAAUUUCAGAAAACCCAUUUUUUGUUGAAUUUAAAAAUGAAUACUCGGAGCUAUUUCAACACUGUUUAUCGCAAUGUUGGGUAAUAUGUGUGCCACGAAUCGGGAGCCUGACAACUCGGACCUUCACCGUGGAAGACUUCUGCGCCCACAUUCUAGUCCCCAGUGAUGAACUGCCCGAAACUCACUACAGCACUCUCACAGAAAAACAAGUCACCGUCACCAACAAAGUGAUAACAUUGGAGGUAACCAAAGGUCUGCCACUACAAAGCCACAUACUAUUUGAAGAGACAUUCUACACUGAAGACUUUAAUAAAUAUAAGGUAUGGUGUAUAGAGGCUCCUCUUGAGCCGACCUCUCUCACAGGUGAAAAUUCAAUUUCUAAAGAGUACCUUACAUCUUUAAAUGACUGUAUAGAUUUACUCUGGACACAAGCCGCUGGUCGUCAAGUUCUUGAUCAAAUUGAACAAAAUGUCAAAGUAUUUCUGAAGAAAAAUUCUACAAUGCCAAUGGCAUUAGCAUCAUUGAAAGAUACUGUAAGUGAUUUAUAUACUCAGUGCCUUCAAACUGCAUUACAAAACCGUAGGCUUAGAGAAAAAUCUAAAACUUGCAAACAAGUCCUGGAAAAUAUUAAGCUGGCAGUUGAAUGUUAUAUGCAGCAACUCUUAUUUGAAUCAUUGUUCAAGCCCAUUUGUACAUGUUGCGCUUAUGAAGAUUCUCAUCUCAACAAAAAGAUAAGAAACAUGGGUGAUAUUCAGUUAAGAGAUUUGGAUAUAAAAAAAGAAUUGUACCAUGCAGUACCAAAAGCAAAACAAAUACUCUCAAAAAUAGAUACAUACAACACAGUCUUAGAAAAAGUGUUGUGUCUGAAACAAGCCCUAAAUGCAAUCAACAAAAUAGAUGGUGGUAACAAUGUUGUCCUAUUAACUGCAGAUGAUUUGCUGCCUGUUUUUGUGUUUUUAGUAAUUAAAUCAGGUUUGCCAAAUUGGUAUAGCCAGCUCAUUUAUAUGAAGGAAUUCAGAUUUAGCAGUGUAGGGAAAGGUGAUGGAGAUGAAAGUGCUUUCCUCAUAACAACCCUUGAAGCUGUGAUAGAGCAUAUACAAUCAGGAGCACUUGCUGGGCCCCCAGAUCCAGAAGCUUAUUACUAUGAAAGCAACCUUACUCAUGAUAAUGUUGAUGGAAAACAGAGAAAAAGUAGUUUGACUGAGUCCAUUUCUACCUCAGAUACUAAUGGCAGAGAUGAAACACUAGAAUACAUAUUUGAUCUGAUCAAAGCCAAUCAUUGUGAACAGGUCCAAUCUAUAUUGGUUAGAAACCAAAAACAUCUGGAAAGUAUAGAAGACAAUGAUAGUAAUACUUUUCAAAUCACUGUAGAUGAUCUGUCCAAUGAAGAAGAUGGGGAGAGUGAUAAAGAAAUAUAUCACAAACUAUGUCAUCCUCUGUGCAGCUGUAAAAACUGUUGCUUUAAAAUUUCUAAGAAUCUCUUAAAAACAUCUCCUACAGUGACAUCUAGAGAUAGUCAUGGACUUACACCAUUACAUGUAGCCUGCAUUCAUGGAAAAGCUACAAUAGUUGAAGUACUAAUUGAUAUGGGUGCUGAUGUAAAUGCAAGAGAUCUAAAUGAAUGUACUCCUUUGCACUAUGCUGCUGCUAGAGGACACCAGAAUGCAUUACUGUUGUUAUUGCAUUCAGGAGCAAACAUCAAUCAAGCAAAUAUUGAUAAGAAUACUCCACUUCAUUUAUCAGUUAAUAAUGGUCACAUGAAUUGUGUCAAAGCACUCAUAUAUUAUGCUGAACAUAGCCGAAAAAAAGUUAAUAUAAAUAGUAUAAAUGAAAAUGGUAAUACUCCAUUGCAUCUAGCUUCUAAAUGGGGCUACGAAGGCAUAGCCAGGCUGUUAAUAGAGAAUGGUGCUGAACCUUCCCUUCAAAAUAAGUGUCUGAAAACUGCUUUUGAUUAUGCUCACAAUUUCAAAAUAUUAAAUGUACUAAAAUCAUGUACUCCUAACUUGUAUGAGUACAUUCAUAUAACUUCUACAGAUAUAAAAUCAUUGAAUUGCAAACCAAAGAAUGAUCUUACUAUGAAGUUGCAGAAAAUUAAUUUAAAAUAUGAUAAUGUUAAUCCUUCCAUGGCAGUUGAAAAUUUAAAAUUAAUUGAAAGAAUAUUAAAAGCAAUUUCUUACGGGGAUGUUAAACUUGCUUGCUUUUACAUGAAUAUUAACUAUGAAGCGUUUAUAAACAGUGACAUCCAAGACGGUUCACUCUGUCACCCUCUAUGUGAAUGUCACCAAUGUAAGAAGAAGUUAGAAAACUGUACACAAUUUGAUGUAAACUUAUCAGAUUCCAAUGGGUUCACGCCAUUACAUUUUGCUGCUCGUUAUGGCUAUGUUCAUUUGUGCAAUAUACUUAUCGUGAACAAAGCCAAUGUGAAUUGCAUUAAUAAAAGAGGUCAAACACCAUUGCAUUUAGCAGCCUUGAAUAAUAAACCUCUAGUUUUACGGACUCUUUUAGAUAACGGUGCAAACAUAAACGCCAUGGAUGUAAUAGGGAAUACACCACUGCAUGAUGCCAGUGAAAUGGGUAACAUUGGAGCUGCAAAAAUAUUAAUAAGUUACAAACCGGAUAUAACUUUAUUGAAUGGUUUUGAGAAAUCUGCUUUAGCAGUUGCUAAGGAAAAAGUGCAUUUGACUAUUAUUGAUAUGAUAGAAAAAUGUGGGAAUAAAAUGUAAUUUAAAAAUAUAUAAUAAUAUAUAUAUAUAUUAUUUAUUUUAAGCUUUAAUCAAGAUAUACAGGUAACCAAAAUAGAUAUUUAUGUAGGUAACAUACAGUCAAUUUAGAACUGCCAAAGUAAACAAUAUUUUUAUUUUAAUAUUAAAACUGCCCUUGCGUUUUGCAAUUCUUAUUAAAUGCAGUUACUACUUAAAAUAUUAAAUUUAGAUUUAACUUUUCUUAAUUUUAUAUUCAAGUAGAUGUUUGAAAUAUGCUUUUUCAAUUUAAUGUCAAUGAACAGUGCACAAAUAAUUGUUUAAUUUUUAUACUUCAAAUAUUGCAUUUCUCUAAAAGUUGACGUAAAAAUAAUAAAAUUAUUCACUGUCUCAAUUUCCUUUAUAUUAAUUAUUCUUUUCUCUACUUAUAACUAUGUUCGUGCCAUAAUGAACUGAACCCACUUAACUUUUGUUUUAAUUUACUGUAAGACUGAUUAUUUUAAAUUUAUUGUGUGUUGUUUUGAUAAACUGGGUAGUUAUAAAUCAUGUAGCCAACAUUUUUGUAAUAUGAAUAUUGAAGGACAAUAAACCUUUUUGACAUAAAUAUCUUUUCUUAAAGAACCUUUUGCC